UUGUGUUCUGUGUUGAAGAUAUGUGUCACAGAGAUGUCGACACGCUGCUGGCAGGGAAUGGAUUCGGUUCCUGAGGACAGAAGUUUGAGAGUUCGCUGGGCACAGAAUGGUUUUGCUGCCUUUGAGAAGCCAGCCCAGGUCACAAGGGUUCACUCAGAAAAUAACCGCUGCAUCAAUUUACGAGGCUCGUCAGCAGGACUGGAGCCCCCUACACACCGGCAUUCCAGCCCCAGCUCGGCAAUGAUCCCCAAGUUUGGGAAGGCAGAUUCCUACGAGACGCUUGAGAGACUGGGAGAAGGUGCAUAUGCUACAGUUUACAAAGGAAGGAGCAAGGUGCAUGGGAUGCUGGUUGCCCUGAAAGUGAUUCGACUGCAGGAAGAGGAGGGCACUCCAUUCACAGCCAUCAGAGAGGCAUCCCUUUUGAAGGGCCUGAAACAUACAAACAUAGUUCUUCUGCAUGACAUUAUCCACACAAAGAAAACCCUCACACUGGUCUUUGAGUAUAUGCACACAGACCUGUGCCGAUACAUUGACAAGCACCCCAGAGGUCUUCACCCAGAAAAUGUGAAGCUCUUCCUGUUCCAGCUGCUGAGGGGCUUAUCCUACAUCCACCAACGCCACAUCUUGCACCGAGAUCUCAAACCCCAGAAUCUGCUGAUCAGCCACUUUGGAGAGUUGAAACUUGCUGACUUUGGUCUUGCUCGCGCCAAGUCUGUCCCCAGCCACACAUACUCUAAUGAAGUGGUGACACUGUGGUACAGACCUCCAGAUGUUCUGCUAGGCUCUACAGAUUACUCCACCUCCCUGGACAUGUGGGGUGUUGGGUGCAUUUUCAUUGAAAUGAUACAAGGGGAAGCUGCCUUUCCUGGCAUUGUAGAUCCGCAGGACCAGCUUGAGCGGAUAUUUUUGAUUGUGGGUACCCCCUCCGAAGAGACAUGGCCAGGGGUUCUCUCACUUCCCUACUUCAAGCCAGAGCGGUUUACGCUGUACAGCCCUAAGAAACUGAGGCACGCAUGGAAUAAGCUUGGGUAUAUGGAUCACGCAGAGGAGCUGGCCACCAAAUUUCUCCAGUCCUUCCCGAAGAAACGUCUCUCUGCCCAGGCAGCCCUCAGCCACGAAUAUUUCAGCAGCCUGCCCUGUCAGCUCAGUGAGCUGUCCAACAUGUCGUCUGUGCUCUCAGUUCCACAUGUAAGACUGCAGCCUGAGACGGACGAUUGUGUGAGAGUGUGUGGAAGAACAGACACCCACAGCAAAGGCAUGUCAAAGAGAAAGCACUGAGUCCAACACAGGAACAACAAAGCAGCUCUGCCGCGGAGACAGUCAACAGUCAAGUUCCUGGGAUUGCACAUAGCAAAGGACCUCACCUGG